AGAAAUUCUGGAACGCGGGAUUUCUGUUGGGUUAGGGUUCUUAGACAUUAAGUUUUUUUUUAUCUCCCGUUGCACAAUGGCACAAGAGCGCACAAUACCAGGAUGUCCUUGGGCAUUUGCCGACGACAUGAGAGGAAUCAUUGAUAAAAAGGAAUUCAGUGAUGUGAAGUUUAUUGUGGGGUCAAACAGAAAAGUGAUCCGUGCAAACAAGUCAAUUUUGAUGGCAAGGUGUGAAGUUUUUAGAGCAAUGCUAUCAGAUCAAAAAGACAAUGUACGACCAAAAACUGACCAGCAGGAUGUACCCCUUGUACUGGCAGAUGUUACUCCAGAAAUCUUUAUGUCAUUGUUGGAAUUUCUCUACACAAAUACAUGCACUCUGAAUAACAGAAAUGUGAUGGAAGUUAUGGGUUCAGCCAUGGAGUACAAUUUAGAACAACUCCAAAAGAUCUGUGAGCAGUUCAUUGGUGAAACUCUUGCCAUAGAUACAGCAUCAGAAGCAAUGCAGAUCGCAGUCACCUAUGGACAGGAGGAGUUAAGAGAGCGAUGCUUAGAUUUUAUUGAAGAAAACACAGAGAAUGUAUUCAGAACAAAAGGAUUCCAUGAGCUGUCAGAGGAGGCAUUGGCACUACUUCUACAAAGUGAUAAACUGAUGAUGGAUGAACUGGAAAUUCUUUCAGCUGUGAGGGAAUGGGCCACAGUGAACUCUGUGGUUCUUAGUAAGUCAGUUUCUGAAAUAGCACAGAAUGUAAUCCAAUAUGUAAGGCUUGCCUUACUCACACCUGAAGAACUUAAACAGGUUGAACUAGACAACGAGAAGGAUAGAAUGAUUCCGAUCAAACAAAUAUCUGAAGCGUGGAAAUAUCACGCUCUGAGAAAAUCACCCAAACACAGCGCUACUGUACCCAGACCACGACCGCGCCGAGGAACAAAACCACGGGAAAUGUACACUGAGGCUCAUUAACUUCAACAGCCGCGCAAUACUGGGAUUUGAUGACUAGUAGUAAUGCCCUGAAUACAAGACCCAUUGCAACUGAAUUCAUAUGAGUAUAAGUUUGCAUAAUAUCUGCCAACCAUUUUCUGAGUUAUUAUACUUUUUUGUGGUAU